AAGAAGAACCAGAUCUUUCAGGACCAGGACCUUCAGAGAACUUUGAGUCUUCAGAACCAGCAGGAAGGACUGACCUGUCAGAACCAGCGGGACCAGAUUGUGGAACGUUACCUGAACUCACCCGAGUCUACCAACUCGCACAGAACACUCCUCAGAAAAGACCGGAACCAGAACCAGAACCAUGUCGCCCUCCUCGGUCCUCUUCUUCCUCCUGCAGCUCUGCUGCCUUCAGAUGAUGCUGGUCUCCAUGCCAACCUGUAAGCUGCCGGGGAAGGUGGUCAAGAAAACCCACGACCUGCUCCAUGACCUGGGGGGGCAGUUUCCAGCCCACUGUCUGGAAGACAACAGUAGCAUCCACUUUCCAGACUCUGUCCUUUCUGCGCCCUCAACCAGACACAAUCAGUGCCGCUGGAUGUCGCUGGUGGUGUACGAGUGUCUGCAAAGGGCGGGGCUUAUUUUUGCUGAUUACGAGCUACCUGAGGGGGAGGAUGGAGUAUCAUGGUCCAUGCUGAAGCUAGACCACUACCUGAACGUGCAGGAUCGGCUGGUGGAGGACCAUCGUUGUCUGAACACCACUGAGGCCUCUGGGGCUUUGUCGCCAUACUUCUCCAACGUCACCGCUGUUGUUGAUCAACAGGUCGGUUCCGCUUGCGGCUGGGAGAUUCUGAGGAGUGAUCUGCUCCGCGUCCUGAGGAUCGCACUGGUCAAUAACCGGGGAUGCUUCAACUGGACCAGAGCCCACUAAAAGACCACUGACCAUGCUCUCCAGCACGCCAAGUGUCCUCAAGGAUUCCUGUUUACAUCUUUUUUUUUUUUCCAAUUAUGUCUAUUUCAUAUUA